AUGUUUUCCGGUAUCAUGCCCGACGACUUCGAUAUAGAAAUAUGGAUAGAAUACGUUAUCGGAAUGUCCGCAUUUCUACUCCGAUUCUUCGCAAGAUGGAAGCAUGUUGGCUUCGAGAAGUUUGCUCUUGAUGACCUCUUCUGCUUCCUUGGAAUGAUAUUCUUUUCGCUCGAUGCUGCCUUCCUUUAUACAUCUGGCAGACUUGGCAGCGCCGCCGGCCUUACAAGCGACACUGCACCAUUGGUUACCGCGCAGCAGGCUCAUGACUUCAGCAUCGGAUCGAAAUGCUUGUUUCUUGCUUGGAUAUGCUUCAUCACUCUUACUUGGACAUUGAAGGCAAUACUUCUUUCACUUUAUCACCGGCUUACACUUGGUUUACGGCAACAUAAAAUGAUUAAAUUCGUGGGCGGAUUUUGCAUCCUCUCAUGGACUGCUUGCAUGAUCGCUCAUUUUGCGGUAUGCGUUCCAAUUGAAAAAAAUUGGCAAAUCAAUCCGUAUCCUGGUGACAAUUGCGUUCUUCGCAGGCCUAAUCAAGCACUCGUUGGAGUUCUCAAUAUCUUAUCAUACAUAGGAGUCAUGGCCAUUCCCCUCCCAUUAUUGUUUGCGGCACGAAUACCUCUAUACCGAAAGCUGGUUCUCGGAGUUCUUUUCUGCUCCGGUAUCUUUGUUACGGUCAUAGUUAUCUUACGGGUAUAUUAUGCUCUCAGUGGUGUUGGAGAUCUAGGAAGUGUUGUCUCUUGGUCAUUUCGCGAGUCUUUCAUAUCCAUCGUUACAGCAACAGCCCCUGGAAUUAAACCACUAUUCAAUCGAUCGAACUGGAUCGACACAUCUUCACUCGUUGAAACCGGCACGAAUGGUAAAACGGGUGUAGCCAGUCGCAUACAUCAUUCCACCUACAAAUCCGAUGGCGCAAACAUUACCUCAGUGGUUGGUAAUAAAGAUGGACAGAGGGGAGUUAGUGGUCGUCAGUAUAUUGAACUCGGACAUGCUGAGAAUUGGCCCAUGACGGGCAAGAGAAAUAAUGUCGAUGUUAAAACUAAGGAACUAAUGACAGAUUCGUCGAGUCAGGAACAUAUCAUUGCUGGAAGUGAUGACAUUGAUGCUAUUCAUGUAACCCCUGAUUACACAUCGCAGCGGCGGGAGUUUGGUUCAGCUGACUUGAGCAAUUCCAACGAUAUUGAAUUUGAGAAGAACAAAGCUAGUACGGAUUCACGGUAAAACGUAGCGAUGGACUACCGCCACGAGUUUGGCAAAUAGCUUUCACUCAUCUCUCGACACAAAUGACAAGGAAUGUCAUCAGAGAAGGAUGUGUACAACCUGCGAUUCGCUACUGAAAACGUCUAAUUAAUGCUUCUUCCCUCCAUCGAAAUCUUCCCUCUGUCAAAGUACGUAGCACUCGGUUCAUUUGACUAGCAAAUUCUGCAAUCUAAUAGUUGGCUUUUUACUUCAAGCGAAUACCCAUUUGAUUUGGUUGGAUACGUGUUUUGUAUUAUAGCUUAGAAUGAAUGUAUACUAAAGAAUCGGAUAGAUAGCAUACGCACA